CUUUUCAAAGCCAACUAACAACAACGCAACACGACACAACAACUUCUCUUUCUCUCUCUCCCUCUCCUUCCAAUAUCUAAUUUUUUUCUCUCUCUUCUUUGGCUCUGUGUUUCUCUUGCUAAAGAACGCAUCGGUGAGCGACCGGCGAGAAGCCAAAUCUCGCCGGAAUUUCGCUCUCUAGAUUGCGGGAAAUUUGCAUUUCUUUUUUUUUCCUCCCGCCCCCGCCCCAUCCGGAAUCAAGCUGCCACAAAGAGAGAGAAUAAAAUUCCAUUUUUGUAUUUUUAAAAUUGGUGUUUGUUUUUUUAAAAUGAUUCUGUAAUUAUGGUUUGGUAGAAGAAAACAAAAAAAAAAGAAGGAAAAAUUAUUCUCUCUCGUGUGGUGAGUAAUGGCUUGCAAUGCUGGGAAAAAGAUGCUGAGAUCCCUUGCUCUAUCUUCUUCCUUUAUGCCUUGAACUUUUUUUUUUCUUCUCUCUCUCCCAAUCUCAAAAUUGCUCUUUUUUUUUAUAUUUAAAUUCCUGUUGCUUUCUCCUUGGGCAUCAAUUCAUGGAAAAGGUUGCAGAAUUUUCAAGAAUUUUGGUUCAAAAGGUUAGGGCCAUUAAUUCAAGAUGGAGCCAUUGUCACAAAUUUUGAGCUUUUAGUUUUUCGUUUUUGAGAUUUUCUGGUUUAGAAGCUAAACAAUGCCAUUUGAGAUCAUGGAUCAAAGGAAUGCAUCGGCAUCAUCCCACUUUUUUGAAGACCUCCGUUUUCCAGCUGAGAGACAAAUUGGAUUUUGGAAGCCAAAUACCAUGUCCGAUAAUCAAGAUAAGUUGGUUGGUUCAUCUCCAUCGGAAAAACUGUCUGCUGACUGCAUGGAACUUCCUCCGUCUAAUCUGGCCAGAGAUCAAGAAGAAAAGUUAGGCAUUGGUUGGAAGGGAAUUACCAAUUUGUCUGAGCCUUCAUGGAAUUCUUUGAAUCAUCAUCCAAAAUCAUUGUCAAAUCUGUACACGCAACCAGCAGUGAACUUUAAUGGAAACAGCACCAAUCUCAAUGUGAUCCAGCAUGAAAGUAGUCUGUUUUCAAGUUCAUUGUCUGAAAUUUUUAGUAGAAAGUUGAGAUUAUUGGGGAACGAUGUAUCUUGUCAACAUGCCAAUAAAGGUGGUUCACACAAUGAGGAAGAACCUUUCAAAUCUAUGGAAGAAAUUGAGGCGCAGACUAUCGGAAAUCUCCUCCCUGAUGAAGAUGAUCUCUUCUCUGGUGUGAUUGAUGAAUUGGAACUUAAUGCUCAUGCCAGCAAAGGAGAUGAAUUAGAAGAUUUUGACCUAUUCAGCAGUGGUGGAGGAAUGGAAUUAGAAGGGGAUGAUCGUUUAUCCAUGGGUCCAAGGAAUUCUGAUCUCGUUGGAGUAUUCAAUGGUCAAGGGGGUUCCAAUGGGUCAAUUGUUGGUGAACAUCCAUAUGGUGAACAUCCUUCUAGGACACUCUUUGUCAGGAACAUUAAUAGCAAUGUCGAAGAUUCAGAGUUAAAGGCUCUAUUUGAGCAAUAUGGAGAUAUCCGAACUCUCUAUACUGCCUGCAAGCAUCGUGGGUUUGUUAUGAUUUCUUAUUAUGAUAUAAGGGCAGCCCGAAAUGCAAUGAGGGCUCUGCAAAAUAAGCCGUUGAGGCGUAGGAAACUUGAUAUACAUUAUUCAAUUCCAAAGGAUAAUCCAUCUGAAAAAGAUGUAAACCAAGGGACACUGGUGGUUUUCAACCUUGAUUCUUCUGUUUCAACUGAUGAGCUUCAGCGAAUAUUUGGUGCUUUCGGAGAAAUUAAAGAAGUUCGUGAGACUCCACACAAGCAUAGUCACAAAUUCAUCGAGUUUUAUGAUGUUAGAGCUGCAGAAGCUGCUCUUCAUGCAUUGAAUAGGAGUGACAUUGCUGGGAAGCAGAUCAAACUUGAACCAAGCCGUCCAGGGGGUGUUAGGCGUUUUAUGCAACAGUCCGAGCAGGAGCAAGAUGAACCUAGCCUAUGUGAAAGCCCUUUUGAUGAGUUAUCUUCAGGACACAUUGGAGUAAUUGUAUCUGGCUGCAUGGAUAAUGGAUCUACCCAGGUUUUACAUUCAGUUAUCCAGUCACCUGUGAGUUCGUUUGUUGAACCUAAUCGAAGUUCUAGUGUUCCGAUUAACUUAGCCUCUCCAGCAAGAGUGGCACCUAUAGGCAAACAAUUAAGUCUUCGGGAGCCCAACCACUCUCUGGAUGAUAUGAAGUUUGCUAACCAAAGUGUUCCAAGUUUCCAUCCUCAUUCCUUUCCUGAGUACCAUGAUAGCUUAGCCAAUGGUACUCCAUUCAACUCCUCAAGUACUAUAACAGACAUGGCUAGCAGUGUUGGUCCCAUGAUGACUGGAGGACUUGACAAUAGGCACAUUCGCGCAGCAAGUUCUAAUGGGCACCUGAUGGAACCUAAUACAGGGCUUUUUGGGUCAUCUGGAAAUGGAAGCUUGUCACUUAAUGGAAAUCAUUACAUGUGGAACAACUCCAACUCACACCAGCAACAUCCAUCAACUGCCAUGGUUUGGCCAAAUUCGCCAUCAUUUGUCAAUGGCAUUCAUGCUAAUCGCCUUCCUCACAUGCCUGCAUUUCCUAGGGCACCUCCUGUAAUGUUGAAUGUAGGAUCACCUGUACACCACAUUGGUUCAGCACCUCCGGUUAAUUCUGCAUUCUGGGACAGGCGGCAUCCUUAUGCUGGGGAGUCUCCUGAAACUUCUGGUUUUCACCUGGGAUCUCUUGGAAGUGUGGGUUUUCCUGGUAGUUCGCCAUCACAUCCUGUGGAAAUUGCGUCCCACAACAUUUUUUCUCAUGUUGGUGGAAAUUGUAUGGAUUUGACUAAAAAUGGUGGGGUGCACUCCCCUCAGCAGAUGUGCCACCUUUUCCCUGGCAGGAACCCUAUGAUUUCAAUGCCGGCAUCUCUUGAUUCACCUAAUGAACGAGUUAGAAACUUCUCACAUCGUAGAAAUGAAUCAAAUUCUAGUAAUGCUGAUAAAAAACAAUAUGAACUUGAUAUUGACCGUCUCAUACGCGGGGAAGACAGCAGAACAACGCUUAUGAUUAAAAACAUACCCAACAAGUAUACCUCAAAGAUGCUUCUGGCUGCUAUUGAUGAGCACUGUCGAGGAACUUAUGAUUUUAUUUACUUGCCAAUUGACUUCAAGAACAAAUGCAAUGUGGGCUAUGCAUUCAUCAACAUGAUCGAUCCACAACAGAUCAUUCCUUUUCAUAAGGCAUUCAAUGGCAAAAAAUGGGAAAAGUUCAAUAGUGAAAAGGUGGCAUCUCUUGCAUAUGCUAGGAUUCAGGGAAAGGCUGCUCUUAUUGCUCAUUUCCAGAAUUCAAGCUUGAUGAAUGAAGAUAAACGUUGCCGUCCUAUUCUCUUUCAUACUGAUGGCCCAAAUGCUGGUGAUCAGGAGCCCUUUCCUAUGGGUGCCAAUAUCCGAUCAAGACCAGGGAGACUACGAACUGGCAAUGAGGAGAACCACCGCCUAGGUUGUUCUUCAACUUCAGCUAAUGGGGAGGAAUUUUCCAAUGGGGCAGACUUGUUGUUGGGUUCUUCCAAGGAUUCUGAUUAAGCAGUCUGCUUAUCCAGCUCUAACUUUAAAUACCAUUUUGGAGUAUCAAGACUUUAUCCACCCUACUCUGUCUUUUGAGGGUGGCCUGAUAACUCUUUUUUGGUCAUAGAGGAGCAGUUUUGGGAACCAAGAUGCAUAACUGAAACUAAGUGGUACUUGACAGAUUUUGUCGUUCUAUGGAAUUUUUUUUUCUGUAUCAAAGCCCACUAUGAGUAUAGAGACUGGCGUAAUGGGGGCUUCAAAUUUUGGAUAGUCUUGACCGAGCAGUAUCAUGAUGUAUAGAAGUUCCUGGGCUUAUGCAUGACUUGAGGGAUCAUUUUUUCUUUUUGUUUCAGUUUUGUAUCCCGAGUUAUGUGAUUUCAUUUUUGUCCCUAACGUUUUGGAAUCCCUACGAGUCCUGCUUUUGGUCUAGGUGGGGUGUGAUUGCUCAAAGAGAGAGAGACACACACAACAUAUCUAUAUAUUUUAGUCGUGGAAUUUUUGAACUUCUUUUGUUUACCUUUAAUGAAAUAUGUUCCUUUUCA